AAGUACAAUAACUGAUCCAAAAACAAACGAAAAAAGCGGAAGAUCAUGCAAACUUACACUUAAAAGCUGCUUUUUUUCUCUUUCUCUCUCAUUCAUUCCUUCAUGCUUUCUCCAACUUCUUCUUCAUCUUCAUGGAUUCCUCGCUCAUUACCCUUCUUCUCUUCAACAACACCAUUCAACCAGAGUUGAUGAGAAGCGUGCAUGUGUACCGUGAAUGUGAUGGAGGAGAAAAGGAAGUUGAAAGAGAGUUUGUGUUUUCUGAGAAUGGUUCUUAUGUUGAAAUGAAAGCUACUCCGAUUCUUAGGUUGUUGAAAUCUUUUGUCUGUGAAGAGAUUUUUGAAGGGUAUAAGAAUGGAGUUUGGCUUUGUGUUUUUGCUUUUCAUGCUUAUAAUGUCCCUCAAUUUUCUCACAUUCCAACCUUUUUGUUGGUUACAAGGAAUCCAAAGCUUCAGGCUAUUCCAAACUUGCUCAAUGAUCUCCACAUGAUAUACAAGUUGGAACCGAAGAAGGAACAAAAAAGUACACCAGAGAGCUCUGCAAGUGAAGAAUUGAAAGGAAACAACAAUGAUUUCCAACCACCAAAAAAAGUCUUGCCUGUGCUUAAUCAGGAUCUCAAUUGUCUUCCUUAUGAAGAAGACGAGGCUGAGUUACUGGAUGAUGAGACAGAUUUUGGAAGUUCAGCAGGGUUUUUAGGAAAGAAAAAGAGGGCAGCCAGUGACCAUGUUGCAAAGAUUACUUUAUCAGAUUUGGCCAAGUACUUUGAUAUGCCAAUUGCAGAAGCCUCAAAUAAUCUAAAUGUCGGGCUUACUGUUCUCAAAAGAAAGUGCAGAGAAUUUGGUAUUCCUCGCUGGCCUCAUAGGAAGAUCAAAUCACUUGACAGUCUCAUUCAUGAUCUUCAGGAAGAGGCAAAACAUCAGGAAAUGGAGGAUAAAGAUGCAGCCAUGGCAGUGAUAAGAAGGCAAAAGAUGUUGGAAAGUGAAAAAGAAAACAUAGAGAAGAGGCCUUUCAUGGACAUACAAAUUGAGACCAAGCGAUUCAGGCAAGAUAUUUUCAAGAGAAGGCACAGAGCUAGAGUUAUUGAAAAACAGAAUCUACAGUUGCAAGCACCUAAACCUAGCAAUUAGCAUCUUCUGAUGGAACAAAGAAAAACAAAACCAUAUUUUGCAAGUUGUACAUUAACACCAAAACCUGUCAAACUCUUCUAAUUGGUCAUUGACCUUUAUAAUUUUGCUGUGACUUGUAUGUGGAUUGCAAUGUCUAUAGUCAACCUAAAAGGGUAUUUGAAGAGUUUAUUUUGGUUUA